AGGUCUCCUUCUCUCUCAAUCCACAAGGAUAUAUAACAGCGCUAGCUCUUGUUAAAUUCUUCUCUACCUUACUACUCCCUCACUUUGUGUUAGAAUCAUCAUGGGUUUGCAAAACCAAUUAAACGACGUGUCGUCGGGUUCGAUUCCGCUUCUGGUGUUGGCGCAGAUAGCCACCUGCGUCAACUACCUCCGCUCCAUGCUUUUCGCGCUUUUGCAAACCCUAGGUCUCAGCCGAUUCCACUCCGACCAGAUCGUCGACGAGCGCUUCCUCGCCGCCGUCGGAUCCGGCCUCGCCGGACUUAUCAUGCUCUCCGAUCAGCUCACCCUCAGUAGCCAAUUCUUCCACCAUCACCACGGCACCGCCGCCGGCCACGACCACGACCACCACCCCUGCGUCGUGUGCCAGGCCACCUUCGAGGACGGCGACCAGGUCCGCAUGCUCCCCUGCCGCCACGUCUUCCACCGCCGAUGCUUCGACGGCUGGCUCCACCACUACAAGUUCAACUGCCCACUCUGCCGCUCUCCGCUCUUCUCCGACGAGCGCGUGGCACUCACGGAGCGCCGCCUCGGCCAGCAACUCAUCUCUUGGUUCUCCCUACACUGAUGCGGCCACGUUUCGUUUUCUGAACCUCCACUUUUACGGUUUUACCCCUCUCACGCGAUCACUUUUUACAGAGCUGGACGCGGGUUUCUUUUUCUGUUUUUCUUUUCCUUGUUUUUAAUAUUAGUUUUUUUUUUCCCCAUAGGGUAUUAGGCUAGAUUUAUUUAUUUUUCUCUUUUUAACAGUAAUUUUUCUGAAGGUAUUUUUUGAAGGGUUUUCUUCCGUCUGAAAAUCCUUUUUGAGAUGCUGUAAAUUUUGGACUCUGUGUUUAUGGUAAUAAUCGGAGAUAGUAGAUGUAAAGUUUUCAUGAGAAGCUUUGGUAAAGAUUGGUGGAGACUUCUCAUUCAUCACCGUUUCUA